AUGGCACAACCUCACGGCACCAGGCCAUGCUUCUUGCUGGAUCUAGCCCCAGAACUACGCAACAUGAUCUACGAACUCAUCCUCUGCGACUCCAGCACAGCUCUCAGCCCAGAUUCCAAGCCCCGAGUAUUGAUCGACAAAGAUACCAUCACCCAACCCCCUCUCCUCCAAACCUGUCUCCAGAUCCGCGCUGAAGCUUCUGGAAUUUACUACUUCGGAAACAGAUUCGAUGUAGUCUGCUUAGGCUUCGACCCAACGGACAUGAUACUGCUCACACGCCAAGCCAAAGACAUCACUAUUUCGGUCAAGGUCCACGACACCCAAACUGCGCCAAAGUGGGCGAACGUAUUCAAAUGGUUGCAGGCGUACUACAACAAUGAAGUUGGAAGACUGGAAGAAGUUUGGGACGCACAUUGUGAGGCACAGCAGUGGAACAGUGUUGCGAAGAUGUUCGAUAUGGUUGAUAUGUUGAAGAACAGACAGAUGCCAUGGAGAGAGAUGGAGAAGGUACUUGAGGUGACGAAGGAUAUUGCGCAGCUGUCUGUAGAUUGGGAGUGGGAGGAGGAGGACUAG